AUGACACCUCACUGGGCAGCUUCCUCUUUACACAGUGGUCCCGCUCAAUGUCUCUGCAGAGCGUGGACUACAUCUCUUUGGGAUAAGACAUUCUGGACAGCAACGACGGUCUGGACUGCCUCUGUUUUGGCAAUGAUAUUGUGGAACACUACUGUGGCAGGCCAACUCAGGAUCUUCCCAGUUCCUGUGGUUUGCAUCACCAUCGCUUCCGCGCUAUGGUUCGGCAUCGUUGAUCUGAAGAGUUUGGAGCGGAAACUCUCCACAGAGCAGCAUCAGUUAAAUGACCGUUCGGGCCGUUUGGAGGGGGAAAUCACCGAGAGCCUUCAGUUACUGGAGAGGGAUGUGGUACAACAAAACCAGGCAUUGCAUCACCUUAUCGAAACAACUUUACCAAACCUCAGGGCAUCAGCACUAGAUCUGCCUCCCCUGUACGACCCAAACCUGGACACUCUCUCGGAGACAUCUUCCAACUCUGGCAGCCAUACCCCUUCGUCGCUAUAUCUCAACGAAGUUCUAGGUGAGAACUCUACAAUACAGACAGGAUCCGCCUCGCAAAGCGGUAGCGAUUUUUCAUCACUUCUCAAUAAUUUGCAUGGGGGGUCUAGAACUAACAUUCGAGAUCCCGCUGCAAGCGAAGUAGAUGAAGCUGAAGCCGCAGAUGGCUUCGAACAGUGA